UAGUAUAUCUUAUUCCAAGUUGACCAACAAAUUCCUGACUGCAUAAAUGACUGUUUUGAGGCACAAAACAUUUGGAUUGAAUUAAAAGUAAUGUUGAGGUUGUUUUGUGAGUGAGAUUUCUUCAACUAUGGUUUAUACAAGAGGUGAAUUUUCUAAUAAAUGAAAUUGUGAGUUAGUCAGCCAGCAUAUCUUCUAGUGCUUGAAGGCCCAUUUGCUUGCUUGUAUAUUGGGAUCUUUCAUGUGCCUACGAUGGCGAUAAUCCUACUUAUUAGAUUGUACAGAACAGGCUAAUGAAAUCUUUAUGCUUACCAUCAGACUGUUUUCAUUGUAUCACUAAAGAGUUGGGCUAUUUUCAUGUUUUCAUCACCUAUGUGAGCUUAAGUUGUUUUCUUGUCAAACAGGUGAUUUUGACACUCGUGGUUUAAUCUUGUUGCAACAUUUCAAAAUGGAUAGAGGAGGUGGUAGUGAAAGCAGGCUCUUUGGGUGUUUGGGCAGCUUCUGGCGAAAAUGGAUCUUUCGUAUUCUCAGUGAGUCCAUUCCUAAUCAUAUUGCAUUCAUCAUGGAUGGUAAUAGAAGGUAUGCUAAGAAGUGGAAACUUGAAGAAGGGGCUGGCUACAAGGCUGGGUUUUUGGCUCUCUUGUCCAUGAUUAAGUACUGUUAUAAAUUGGGGGUGAAGUACAUAGCUAUAUACGCCUUCAGCAUUGAUAAUUUCAGAAGACGCCCACAGGAGGUUCAGUAUGUGAUGGAUCUCAUGCACGAGAAGAUCCAGGGAUUGCUCAAGGAACAAAGCAUUGUGAAUCAGCAUGGUGUCGAAGUUUUUUUUGUUGGGAAUCUGGAACUCUUGAAUGAGCCUGUCAGGAUUGCAGCUGAAAAAGUGAUGGCAGCAACUGCCAAAAACACUGAUGCCAUGCUUUUAGUCUGUGUGGUCUAUACUUCAUCUGAUGAGAUUGUGCACUCCGUUCAAGAAUCCUGCAAAGAUAAAUGGGGUGAAACACAAGUGCUGAAUCCAAGUAAGGGUUGCAAUGGUGUGACUAAGGGAUUCAGAGUGGAGUGCAAUGAUGUGAUUGAAGGAUUUGGAGGGGGUUGCAAUGGUGCCAUUGAAGAAGUUGGAGGAGAUGAUGAAAUUCAAGAUUAUUCUAUUAUAAAGCUAGUAGAUCUUGAGAAGCACAUGUACAUGAGAUUCGCACCUGACCCUGACAUCCUGAUACGAACUUCCGGUUGCCUGAGCAAUUUCCUUCUUUGGCAAGCUACUACCUGUUUAUUGUACUGUCCAACUGCUUUGUGGCCAGAGGUUGGUUUGAGGCACUUGAUGUGGGCAGUUCUGAACUUCCAGAGAAACCACUCCUAUUUGGAGAAGAAAAAGAAACAGUCUUAGCUUUCUUGCUGUCUCAGAAUACACUCCUCUUUUUUCCCCUGAAUUUUCACAAGUUUUGAACAUUGGAUGGCCCCUAUUGUUUGCACUGUAUCCUGUUAGGUUGCACAUUUUCCUUUUGGUCUGAUACGAGGGAUAGCAUGGCUUCAAUGAAUUGUCCUAAUUAUUACUGAAGUACGAAAAUUUUGGAGGGUUUAUGGCUGCCUUAUUAUUUGCAGUGGAAAAGUUUUUG